AUGGUCAACUUCCACAUCACCGAGCCUCACCCUUCCGCCAAAUCCUACCUUUACUCUGGUCGCGGCGGCGCCGGCAAUGUCACUCGUGUCAAAGCCUCUGAGAUCACCGAUGGCCGCACCGCCACAGGACCAGCUUCUUGUGUCAAGCUCACACCUCCCCCUACUACUGGCUACUUUACCUCCGGCCGUGGUGGCGCUGGCAACAUGCGCACACACAAGGAGCGCGCCAUGUUCAGCUUCGACGAAGAGCUUGAGCAGCAGGAGCGUCUCCGAUCCCAGCAGGCUCCCGUUUACCACAUUGGUCGUGGCGGUGCUGGAAACCUCAUCGAUGAGAUGAAGCCCAAGAGCCAGCGCCAGAACUCUGCGAGCUCGAACAGCUCUGUUGAAAGCGAGAAGGAUGGCGUUCGCAGGAGUCUGGAGAGGUGGAGCAGCCGUUUGUCGAGGAAGGUCUCCAACUACUAG